AUGACAGAUUCGACAUGGACAUUCGAAGACGAUGUCGAAGAACAAUUCUAUUCGGAUAAUAAUCUUGCGUUAACAGACGACGAUAGUCUAGACUCUUAUUAUAAAUAUCCAUCAUUUUAUAAUCGAUUUAUUCGUUCAACAAAAAUGCCUAGAAUAGGGCGUUCACUUGAUUUCGAUGAUUUACCACCAUCAAUGAAAAAUUCUCUAUCAUUAUCAUCAUUAGGAUAUUAUUUACCAGCAGAGAAUACAUUUGAACAAAGAAGUGUUAUGUUUCCUCGUAUUGGAAAACGUGCAUUUCAUAAUUUAUUAUGGGCGAAUGGUCGAACAAAUCCCCAUCGAUUACUUGAUGCUCAAGGCAGAUAUUUAAUGACAAAUUAUGAUUUACAGAGACCAGAAUCAACACGUUGGCGUGGUAAAAGAGAUACAGUGAAUAUGGAUAACUCAAACAAAAAUAAUAUGUAA